AGUCAGCAGAUGGCGGUGUGCGAUUUUAAGGCAAUGCUGUUAGUGUGACGUAUAAUCUAGUGGACGGAACGCAAUGCUGUUAGUGUGACGUAUAAUCUAGUGGACGGAACGCUUCUUUCAGCAGCAGCAACAUUUAGUCAGACACCUCCGUAGCUUCCUAGCCAAAAUAGCCAAACCCAUAAAGCUCUUUAGAAGAUUUAGUGUAUAUUAGCCACUGUAUUUUAAACCCUCUUCUGUCGUCUAGUUAGUAAGUUAUCCUAUUCCAUUUCAUAUUUACGUUGUUGUAGUUAUUAUUCAGCUGGCGGGCUGGUUAAAUUAGCAUUAGCCUAGCUAGCUAACAUCUCAGACCAUGAGUUCACUAAAUUACUCUCUUCCUGCUGAAGAAGAGACGGUCUGCUGGACGGAGAAAGAAGCUCUCAUCAAAGAGGAGGAGGAAGAGAAGGAUGUUACAAUACAAAAACAAGUAGAGGGUGAGGCUGUUACAGGGAAAGAAGAGAAAGACGUUACAGUGAAAGAAGAGGCGUUCAGAGUGAAAGAGGAGGAGGGUGUUACAGUAAAAGAUGAGGAGGUUUCAGUUUUUGAAGUGAAAGCGGAGGAGGGGGAGAAUACGGUCAAAUCAGAAGAAGAGGAGGAGGAAGAGGAGACUGUUACAAUACAAAAACAAGUAGAGGGUGAGGUUGUUACCCUGAAAGAAGAAGAGAAAGACGUUUCAGUGAAAGAAGAGGAGGAGGGGGAGAUUACGGUCUCAUCGGAAGAAGAGGAUGAGGAAACUGGAUAUCUGGGCCCGAUUUCCCAAACGCAAUUUAAGGCAUCCAGUGGUUCUAAAGAUGAACUUAGCCAUAAGAUGGUUUUGAGAAACCGGGCCGUGAUUACCACUGGAGAGAGAUGUGACUAUCGUGGAUCCUCUGGGGAGCCUCGACAACAUCAUGAGGCAGAGAAAAGUCUCUCCAGAUCAGACCUCCUCAAGAAACACCAGCAGAGAUCCACAGGGAAGAAAUCUCACUGCUGCUCUGACUGUGGGAAAUGUUGCAAAUCUUCAUCAGAACUUAAAAUACACCAGAGAACACACACAGGAGAGAAACCAUAUGGCUGUGCUCAAUGUGGGAAGAGUUUUUCUACAUCUAGCCAUCUGACUGUACACCAGAGAACACACACAGGAGAGAAACCAUAUAGCUGUGAUCAAUGUGGGAAGAGUUUUGCUAAAUCUAGCCAUCUGACUACACACCAGAGAACACACACAGGAGAGAAACCAUAUAGCUGUGAUCAAUGUGGGAAGAGUUUUGCUAAAUAUAGCCAUCUGACUGCACACCAUAGAAAACACACAGGAGAGAAACCAUAUAGCUGUAAUCAAUGUGGGAAGAGUUUUUCUACUCCUGGCUAUCUAACUAUACACCAGAGAAUACACACAGGAGAGAAACCAUAUAGCUGUAAUCAAUGUGGGAAGAGUUUUUCUACUCCUGGCUAUCUAACUAUACACCAUAGAACACACACAGGAGAAAAACCAUAUAACUGUGAUCAAUGUGGGAAGAGUUUUACUUGGCCAAAAAGCCUGAAUAUACACAAGCGGACACACACAGGGGAAGAGAUACUCUGAUAAAAGAUCUCUGAUUAAACAUCAAAUACAUGAAGGAAUUGUUUCAUGAUAUCAAUUAAAUAAUGUCACAAUGUAGAAUGUUUUAACAUUGUAGUAGGAGUAUUUUAAUGAUGUCACAAUGUAGAACCCUAAACGUUUGUCCCCUGUUCUAUUGAUUUCAACAUGAUAUGGAUAUUAGACUCAGGGGGAAAAUCCAGGCUCUGAAUGGAAAGAGUACUAUUUAUGUGAUUUAUCAGAAAGUGACUAACACAAAAAUAGCUGUGUUACACUUACCACAUUGGUGACCCACUAGAAUCAAAAUACAACACUUCAAAAUGUAACUUGCUGUUUUCUACAAGUUGUCCUCUAACCAGGGAUGUACACAUUAUUCCCAGAUUCCGUGUGGUUUUUGAGCUGUUAGUUUUAACAGGACGUGCAACCUCAUCUCCCUUCUGUCACACAACUGAUUUCAACAUGAUAUCGAUGAGUGAUGACAAAUAAGUGUUGUGUUCCUUUGUUUAGCGACCCCUACAUUUAAAUGCAUCACUCCAAAAUGUAGCUGACUGUCUUCUGCAGGUUGUCCUCUAAUCAGUGAGGUAAAAUAUAUCUCCCAUUUCCAUGUGUUUUUUUGUUGUGUUAGUUUCAACAGCACGUACAACCUGAUUUCCCCCCUAAUUAAUAUCAGUGAUUUAUUGCUACUUGUCAAAACAACAGCGUUUUUGGUGCUUGUGCAGUUAAUAAGGAGCUUGUUUAAAAAAUACAAGUAAUGUGAUUAUUGUGGCAGUUUGUGUAUAUCGUACAUUUUAUGUUUAGGUUUUCAAUAUAUCACAAACUGUUUCUGCAUAUUGGUUAUUGAUUUAGACACAUUAUAACUGUGUUUGGACAUUGGCCCACUGUUCCUAGGCCGUCGUUGUUAAAUAAAAAGUAGAGUUCUAGAAUCUAGUGAGUUUUAGGAUUCUAUAGAAAGAAAAAUGCUGCCAUUUUAAUAUUUGAGAAAUUAACCAAUGAUAUUAGGCCACUCUUGGCCAUGAUUACAGACACCUGUGUGUCUUGACGCUAUAUAUAAACGAGUCAACCCGCAGUGUCUGUGAUUGUACCUUGAUGAAGACAGCUUGCCUGUCAAAACGUUGGUAAAUUAAAUAUUUUUGCAUCUGAGCUAGUGUGCGGCUCUCCUUUAUUUUUGAGGUUGGACUUAAGCAAGUAUAGCUCGUUAGCACGUAGGACGCACUGAUUGGUGUCACCUCGUUAGUCUGUAUGUGUUACACCUGUGCUGGCUUGUCCAUCUCGUUAGUGGGAAGGUGUUUCACCUGAGCUGGUCCAGGUUCUAUUUAAGAGUGUCUGGCCCAGUGCUCCAGUUGUCUUGCUAGAUGUGGAGAGUCAACACCUUUAGUUGCUCCACCUUUUUGGUUUGCUUCCUGUCUUUAAGUUUGGUGUGGGUUUUUCUUUUGUUUGCCUCUUCUUGGGCAGAUUUAGUGGGUGUCAUGGUGGGUGUCUUUUAGGUCCCAGUUGUUACCAGUCAAUUUUCAAUCGAUGCCCCCGUAGUGUCUUUCAGAGCCCCUCCUAAAAAACAAGUUAUGUUUUGGGUUGGAUGUAGCAUUAUAUUGUUAAUAUUUGAAUCAAUGGCAUUUCCUUUGCAAUGCUCAUUAGUCUUUCAGUUGUUCUUCGUUUUUUUAUCCUCAAUAUUUCUGUUUUUUUUCAUUGUUUUUUUUCUGAGAAGCCAUUGUGUUGCAUCCAUGUCUGAAAUGUGCUUAGGUCCCAGUUGUUGUUACUAGUCAAUUUACAGUGGACACCCUUAUAGUGCCUUUCAGAACCCUCCUAAAAAACAAGCUAAUAUUUUGGGUUGGUUAUUGCAUCCAAUAAAUAUUUUAAUCAAUGGAAUUUCCUUAAAAUGUUCAUUAUUCUUCUGUUUGUGUACUAACUUUUUGAUUAUUUUCAUUGUCUUUUAUUUGUUUUUUUCUUGUUCCUGUUCCAUUCAUGCCUGAAAUGUGCUGUAUAAAUAAAGCUUGGUUUGAU